GGGGGCACCUCUCCCUCGGGGGCUUUCUUUGUGUCCGAAGAGGGCAGUCGUCGCCGAAAUCUGCCCCGUAUUCCACGGGAAAUACAUUUUUGGAAGGGGGUAGUCCGUGAUCUUACCGUUCAUGAAGGGGAAAAAGGGGGCAGCUGGAGCCACAGGAACCAGCCCUGAGUCACCCAAGGCAACAGGCGCACAGGGAUCCGGCUGGCACUCCCUGUGCAUGUACCACGUGCGUUUGCCUCCCUGCAGGAGGAGGUGGUGGGUUCCCCCCUGCUUGGCAGCCACAGCCCUCACUUCCCCACCCCAGUCAUGGUGGGUCACCUGCAGUUGCAAGGAAUGGAAGACAGCUUGAAAGAGAAGAACCGAGAAGGUUUGCUGGAUAGCCCGGAUUCAGGGCUGCCCCCCAGCCCUAGUCCGCCUUUCUACUCCCUGUCUCCGGGCAUCAUUGAAAAUAGACCUGGAGGCAGCAGCUCUUCCACAGAUACCCAGGGACAUGGGCACCAGAAGGAUGGCAAGGAGGGGAACGUGAUCCCUUAUCUUCUUCUGAAUGCCUCCACAUCAGAAAUAAGGCCUCGGAUGCACCCUGUGUUUUUUGGUGAAAGCAUAGAGGUCAACCCCGAACCGGCACAGGAAAUUAGGUGCAACUCUGAGGUAAAAUAUGGCUCUGAGAGGCAUUACAGGGAUGAUGUUUUCUACUGUCCAAUGCCCACUGUCACCACUUACAGCGAGACCGUCAUUGCUGCCCCCAACUGCACAUGGCGAAACUACAAGUCCCAACUCAUCUUUGAGCCGCGCCAGAAACCCCUGAGGUUCCAGAGUACAACAAUCAUCUUCCCCAAACAUGCCAAGAACAUAUACCGGACCACACUCAACUAUAGCCUUGGUUCUGCCAAAAGAUGGUUUGCCUCAAGUGUGCAGCUAGAGCUUUGUGAGGAGAACAGCCCCUGCAUUGUCUACACAGAAAAUGUUUAAUGCAGUGUUUUGUUUACUGAAGAACUCUUGACUACAACAUCAACGUAAGGCAUAGGCCUACGCCGGAGGAGAAGCCUUUUAAGACUUAAUGGCCUUUGGCUGAGGGCAUCCAUUAAAUGGCUCCAGGAUCAUUCAUUUUUCACACCCAGGCUUGGAUAUGCCAGGUAGCUUCCCUGCUCCUAGAAGCAGCUGAGGGAGAUAUUCUCAUGGGCUGAAGCAGCUAGAAGCUGGUUUUGGGUCCCCUCAGCCUCGGAUCGAACCUCCUUAGUUAGCACUUGAAUGCAUUUUCAGUAGUGAGGGCCUUCCCUUACUUGGUCGCCAUUUAGAAAGCUUACUAUAGGGUAGUGUGUGGGCCCUCAGUAGCAUGUAGGAUGUGGCCAAAUAUAUCCUUAGAGAAAGUGAUUGUGUCACAGAAGAUCAUCUCCAGUUUGGCAAAGACUCGGCUUUGCAAAGACAUCAGGUAGAUCAUGGCAGGCAGUUCUUAGUCAUAUCAAACAUUAAUUUUGUCCUGGGAUCUUAAGGAGAAGCCCCAGCACAAUAGAUAGGGGUGGAAAGCCAAAGGGCACCAUUUUUGCCAAUGAGCAGGAGUUGCCAAAUCCCUGCUGCACAGGGGCCAUUCGUGGAAACCAGGCAUUUACAGUUCCUUGGCAACCAGCUGCCUUUAUAAAGGAAGCCAACGAGAAGAUUCCUUGGGCACCUGCCUCCUUGUGUGGAUAUAACAGAUGGAAAAUAGCUGGACGUAUAGUUGAAUGUGUGGGGAAAGAGUUAACGUGGACUCAUUCCUUCAGGAGGCUGCAUUUUUUUACUUUUUGCUAAAGAUCUGGAAGAUAAUAGCUUUUUAAAAGACGGUGUUUGAGACCAAAGGCCUUUUUUUACUUUCUGGAAUAAAAGACUGUAAAACUGAGGCCAACAUUUCCCAGAAGGGAAGCUUAGCUCUUUAGGGGUAUGAGGAGGGGAAAUGAUAUUUGUUCACAUUAGCAGAUUCACAAACCUAGUAAACCUGAAGUAAAUGGAUGAAACAGGAAGUGACUGUAUGGACAACAGAAUGAAGGGAAGGGACUUGAAAGUAUUGGCUUAGUUGUGGAAGCAGUUGUUAAGUUAACGACAGUUGUGCAUACUGCUUUUAAGAGCUGUCCUUUCGAAUGGGGAAAGAUGUAUGGUUAAACAAAUUGUGCAUCUUAAUGUGCAACAAUUAUUACAUAUCCAUUAUGCUGCUUAGACAUAUUUGUUCUUUUGAAUGGAGGAAAGAGUUCAUUUAAGUCAACUGCACAUGUACCUUGCGACUAUUAUGCAGAUUUUUUAAAAGUGUUCAGAAUAUAUGAUGCCGGUCUUAUUGAAGGCAGAAAAGUUCAUGAAAAUAAAUUGUGGGUGGGUGGGUAUCAUAUAGCUCCUACACAUGAAUGGAUUCUUACUGGCUCAUCACAAACAUCUUACUGUUCUUUCUGCAAUGCUGGCUUGUUUUUCCUGACUUCAAGACUAAAAUGCAAGUGAGACCCAGGCCUUAGUUUUCUUUAUUGCAACAGCUAUUGCCUCAAAAUGUUACCAUGGUGAGUGAUGGCAAAUGUCGUUUGAACUUUUUUAAAUUUAUAAGCCAUGUUGUGUGGCAUAAUCAACCUCCAUCACAUCCCUUUAAAAAGUGUAUGUUGUGGAGGGGGUGGGGGUGGGGGAAGCUCUUUAUUGGAAAAUGGCAGCCUUUAAAUUCUUGGAUUCAGAUUAAAGAUGUACGUUAAGGGUACAUCAUGUAUGCAUGCAUCCCACAUUUGAGAACAGAGAACUGUUACAGGUAAACAGUUAGCCAAAAGGUUAUUUACUACAGAUGCUGAAUGCAGAUGACUAUUUAUCAGCAUGCCUUUGGGUGCUUGUGGGUGGGGAAUCGCAGGUGUGCUGUUUGACUUGCAUCUUGCUUGUGGGCUUCCCAGAAGCACUGUGGGAAAUUGUGGCAGAAAGUUUGAGGGCUUGUCCGCGCCAAGUGGUGCAUGUUGCUAAGCGGUUCCAGAACUGUUGUAUCAUUGCAAAGUGAAGGAAGGAGCUCUUCCACACGGCUAGUUUCCCAACUGGUCACCAAGGGGGUAAAUGGUUGUCUGUGCUCAUCCUGCCAAGCGGUGACAAGACUUCAAACCUCGCUUUUGUAAAUUUAUCCUACAUCAGAAAUGUGGAGAGGGGAAAAGAGAGGAAUAGUAAUUCUUCUAAUCACUUGGAAGGACACCGUAGUCUGAACUCUCCACCCAUCCAGCCCCCAUCCAUAACUUAACAUCUGCACAUGCCGUUCCACUAAAGCAGAAUUACUAUUGACUUUAGCCAGGCAAGACCCAUGAUAUCCAGAGUAUAAUGGGUGAUAGAAAGUUUAUAUGUUGCCAGAUUCCGAAGAAUUGCAAAUAUAAGAUGAAGCUUUUUAUACAACUGAAGACCUGAAUGCUUGAGGUAGGACUUUAGAAUUGCUUUAUCUAUGCUAUGUUGUGUAGGGUUAUUAUUAAUUUUGCAUUCAGAGCACAUUUUGUACAUUAAGGGAACUAUUUGCCCCAUUAAAAAGGGGGGUGCUAUUUUUUUAAGUGACAGAACUUUAUAUAUUUAUCCCCCACCCUGAGAUUGCCUGCUAUUCAGUCUGAGUAAAUUAAGCACAGCUUCUAAAAUCUUGAGUGCCUUACUUCUGUAGUGCCCAAACCUUUCUUGAAUAUUGUAUUGAAAUGCUUUAAUUCUAAAACUUAUACAUUUCACAACUCUAUACACAAAUGGAAGAUAGAAACCUUUACCCAAACUGGCUGCAUUCCACAAAAAAUGGUGUGUGUAUGGUGGCAAUUAAUAGAUGAAGCUCUCCUAUGUCACAACUGCACCGUGAGAGUCAGGGCUCCUGCCCCCUGCCCAAAUCCUGGGAACUGCACUUUCUUAAAGGCCUGACGACUCUGCACCCUUAACAAACUACAGUUCCCAGGAAUCUUUGGGGAAGCCAUGAUUCUUAAAGGGGCGUAAGAGUGCUUUAAAUUUAUGGUGUGGAGUGGCCUCAAUCAGACCACUGGUUUGUUUAGUCUGGCGCUGUCUGAGAUGGGUAGCAGUGAUGUGCUUUUGUCUUGGGCUGAGAGAUUCCUCCACAGCCUUCUAACUGGGAAACUUGGGAUUGAAUUUGAGAACUUGGUGUUACUCUUCCCACCAAGCUAUCAUCAUGUAAGCAGUUAGAUCCAAAUGUGUGCUCACGCCUUGCACUAAAGCAUGUGAGAAAAGCAAAAGUUUUGCACACAAGCGAAAACAUAAGAAUGGGCUUUGACUAACAUGUAUGUGAAUUGCCAAGCCAAUGAAGAAGACAUUGUGUAGCAUUUAGACGCAACCAAAUUUGCACACACAAGACAGUGACAGGGAAAGAUAAUUUAUUGGUGUUAAAUGAAGACUAAAAGUGCAUGGUUCCAUGCAGGCACAUUAAAAGCACAGGAUGUGGGUAUUCAAUGUAAAGGUGAAUUUCCCGAGAAUCCCAGCUUUCAUUGUUUAAGAAAUCAAGAAGUUACUAGCAUCUAGUUGUAGAAUGACACCCACACCAGACAUUUAAAUUAUAAUUAUCUCUCUUCACCGGUAAUGGUUUCCCCCCAAAGAAUCCAAGGAGCUGUAGCUUGUUAAGAGUGCCGUAACACUUUGGGAGAAGACAUGUCACUUCAAGCAGUGUAGGAGGUAGGGCGUGAAUAUGACCAGAGUUCAGGCCACUUUAAAUAAUCCAUUGGUUUGGCUGUGGUUGACUUUUUAUCACCCAAAUUAACACACGGGCAAGCUGAAGAGAGCAAGUUUUUCAAGUUCAUGAGUCUGAUAGCACAUGCAGCUCAGGUCUAGCAACAGAUAGCCUCAGAAAGUCCUCUACAUUCUUGGUUUUGUUUACUCUCAUGAGGCAGAACAGCCUUUUUCCCAGGCAUGCUCAAGCCCCACACCCCUUCUCCAGGUGGUUUAAAUUACAGCGCACACAAAUAUACACAAAUAAAAGGCCCAAAACACUGUAGCAUUUAAGACGUUUCACAAAAGGACACAAUUCCCCAAACACAUUUUCACAUUGCCACACCCUUUAUGGCUGUGCUAGCAGGCCGCUUAGGUGAGGGGCCGAUUACAAGCCUCUUUCAAGCAGCUGUUUCUCUUCAGAAAAGCAGGUGCAGGCAUCCUGUAUUCUCAAAUCCAAUAAUUCUUUCCCUCAGGUGGUAUUUUUUUAAAUUGCAAGUGGCUUGUUCCACCCUCAGUAACUAUAUGUUUUCAUGCUGCAGUUCCAUAGGGGGAAAGAGUAGGAUUUAUUCCUUUUUAAAUGAAUGGGAAUUUCUCCACCGAGUUAGAUUGGGUGGUUUUUAAAAAAUCCAUGUGGUGUUCUCAGUUGAAACAAGACAUUGCCCAAGUGGAAUGCUACAUGCAAGCCUUGGCGUCGUGUUUAAUAUUGAGCAUUGAGUAAAUUAAUGGAUUUGUUUUUAAUCCAUGUUUUUAAACCAUGGUUUGCAUCAAGCAUAGACUCCAAACCCUUACUUCCAGAUGUUCAGGCAAACAGUGGUUGGUGUGGUUUUCUUCGUUCCACACCUACCCUCCAAAUCCCCAGAUGCUGUCUUAAACAACAGCCUCGCAGGGUGGACUGAUGUUCCCAAACGAUGGCUUUCAGAGGAAUGUGAAAGCCAUGGCUUGCUUCAAAUUGUGUUUUGGUACCUAGAUUGCGAGUUGUCUGUUCCUAAGUCGUGACAAAACCAUGCUCUGGCUGUGCAAAUCAUAAUUUGGUAUUACAUCUAAAUCAUCUAAUCGUUUGGGACACUUUUUUCCUUUCCCAUUCACAAAAGCCACUACAUCUGCGGAAAACUGAAAGUAAAAUUCCAAAGCUUAAAGAAGGCAGUGGACACUGAUUUGAUGGUCAGAGGGGAAGUUAGAAGGUAGCUAAUGGCUCUGUUGACAUAGAUAUGUAAUUAUUUUUGUAGCUCUGCUCUUUCUAAGUGCUUACAAAAGUAUUUCUGCUGUUUUAUAUUUUGUGAUAAGGUGUUUUGCAGUGCCUUUUUAUUUUUAUAUCUAUAUAAAUAUGGUAUUUCCCCACAUCCUUUAGUCAAUAAUGUCUUUCUAUUCGACUAAUAGAAAAUAAUUUAAGAAUUUUAAAUAUUGCUAAAAACCCUAUAUAUCAUAAUAAAAUGAUGGAAUGCU